CUGUCUGGCAAACAGCUCCAAGUUGCGUGUGAAGGUGGCGCCCAUUCGUGCUGCGCUUUGGCGUGUUUGAGCGAAACUGAAGUUGGACACCGACAGCAAAUCUCCAAGCAAGCGCCCUUAUAUCCUCCCCAGGUUUGGCGCUGUAAAGACCGUGAACCUGCCUCUUUCUCCCGUCAGCGUCCAGACCCGUAGCCGGUUAGCCUAGCUAGCGAUGUCGUCGUGGGCGCCGAUCGCAGCGGGCAGGCGGCCUAACGCCAACCCCACCAGCGGUGGCCCGAAACCUGUCCGAGCUUUCCGGAGACAGCCGUACCCUCCUGCUGAGGACAGACAGGACGUCCGGAGACAGCCGUACCCUCCUGCUGAGGACAGACAGGACGCACACCACGAACCAGAGAGCUAUGAACAUUUGGGUCAAAGGGAUGAUUAUGCAAGUGCUCUGGACUACAAGACGUAUGAACUUUCAUCUCAUCAGUCACACUCGAAACAUCAGCCAGUUGUCUCGCCAGGGGGAGGAGACAAGUGUAGUUCUCUGUACCAGAAACUGUACCAGCAAUUCUGUGGAGAUGAGGCAAAAUGUCCUGCUGACUGCGUGGUGCUCUCUGUGAACAACCGGAAUCUGGAGUACCCAAAAUCGUUAGGCCACUGUUUGCAGGAGCGCGGCCUCUCGGUGGAAAUGCUUUUCCUGCAGGCGGAAUCGGGCCUGACGCGAGCCCUCCAAGACGUCCGCUCCGAUGGUUCCCCCUUAUGUAUUCUCGUCGAGCAGACUAACGUAACUCUGUCCUCGUGCACAGUAAUCAUAUUUUCAGAGUCCCUCAAAAUUCACCGCAACAUGCCCAAGGAGCAGGCCAUGGAGUUUGUGACGAUGGAGUUUGGGCGUCUGGGCGGCGGGAGGCGACCGCGUGACCCAGCGGAGGCAGGGGUGCGCGCGACCGAGCUGAUGGACGACUACCUGGAGCGGGCCAAGCUGGAGCGCCACGCUGUGCCCUUCACCACGCGCCACCUGCUCUUCCUCAUGGCUGAGGGCCUGCACCUGUACCCGGAGGAGCUGGCCACCGUCGCUGAAUACGUGCGGGGCCGCCAGGACCAUCUGCAAGUUUCUGUUUCCACGGAGCUGGAGAGUGAGGGAACCCCAGAGCGUCUCAGCAACCUGCCUGCCAGUCUGGGGGGGCCCCCACCCCUUCUGUCAAACCCCGUGCCCCCAGGGCCGCCCCUCGCACCGGGCGUAGGCGAGCCAACCCAGGGCCAUCUCAUGGGUGUAGCAGACUCUUAUCCUAAGACCAAGCCGCCUCCUCUCCUGUCGGUGAGUGUUCUACAGGGAUCCCCUCACCGGUCCGCGGCCGUGCCCCGCCCUACGCCCCGCGGCCCCUCCCCUCCGCACGGCCCUCCAGCCCUACAUGGCCCCUCCGCCUCCCAUCCUCCGCCCUUUGGUCCCCCGGCGUCACGAGGCCCUCCACCCGCCCACGGCCUGACGGGUCUGAGAGGUCCCCCUGCUCUCCACGGCCCGCGUCAAGGUUCGCCGGGCGGGCGCGGUCCGACUGAGCACGGGCCACUCGCGUUCCAUCAGCCUUGCGGGCCCCCGCAGCUCCGUGGGCCCCCGUCACAGAACGGUCCCAGCGGGCUUCGUGGUGUUCCGCCGCCCCACGGCACACGGACACCCCCACCCUCCCUCCUGAGCCUUCACAUGGGAAACGCUGCAGGACCUGUUCCACGCCCUGCACGACGUCUGCUCCCCUGACCUAUAACCCCCGACCCACUCAGGACGUUCGAGGACCCUUAACCUGCUGUAGCCACUCUUGACAAAUUUGUUGUUACUUCUUGUCUUUUUGUAUAUUUUGGUUUAUCCCUUUUGUAAAUUGCCUUUUUAUAUUUUUUCCCUUAAAUCGGAAGUUCCUUGUUUUUGGCAUGUCUCCAUACGGCGUAACGUUGAUUUAAAGGUUUAUUUUUGUCUCAGGAAUUUGCAUUUCCUCUUUGUGCAGAAUUGAUAUAAACAUAACAUAUAAA